CAGUCUGUACUGUUUAUACUAUAACUAUAUAGUCGCUAAACGCCGCUUUUUCAGCUUUUUGGUUUACUUUACAGACUACCGUAUCAAAAACAUUAAAAACUUUGAAAUAACUUUUAAUUUCGUUAAUAUAUAAUAAUUCGUGUUCCGUUUGUUGACUGCCAUAGUUAUAGUUUAUUAUAAUUUUAUUUAACACUUGUGACUUGUUCCAUCUAAGUACAGUUAACUUGUCUCGUAAAAAAUGUCUAUUGAAAUUGAGUCUGCUGAUGUCAUCCGACUUAUACAGCAAUACCUAAAGGAAUCAAAUCUAAUGAAAUCUCUGCAAACUCUUCAAGAAGAAACUAGUGUAUCCUUAAACACAGUAGAUAGUAUUGAUGGUUUUGUCGCAGAUAUACACAACGGUCAUUGGGAUACAGUGUUAAAAGCAGUACAGUCCUUAAAAUUACCUGAUAGUAAAUUAAUCGAUUUGUACGAACAAGUUGUAUUUGAACUAAUAGAGUUACGUGAACUUGGAGCGGCUCGAUCACUUUUACGUCAAACAGAUCCUAUGAUUGCUUUAAAACAACACGAACCAGAUCGUUAUAUACACCUUGAAAAUCUUCUUGCUCGGUCUUAUUUUGAUCCUCGUGAAGCAUAUCCUGAGGGUACAUCUAAAGAAAAACGUAGAAUUGCUAUUGCCCAAUCAUUAGCUGGUGAAGUAUCUGUAGUGCCUUCAUCAAGACUUUUAGCUCUAUUAGGUCAAGCAUUAAAGUGGCAACAACAUCAAGGUCUUCUACCUCCAGGUACUUCAAUUGAUUUAUUUAGAGGUAAAGCAGCAGUUCGAGAUCUUGAAGAAGAAACAUUUCCUACUCAACUAUUUAAGCAAAUUAAAUUUAUUCAAAAAAGCCACGUUGAAUGUUCUAGAUUUUCACCAGAUGGCCAGUUUUUGGUUACAGCCACUGUAGAUGGAUUUAUUGAAGUAUACAACUUUGUUACAGGAAAAAUAAGAAAAGAUCUUAAAUAUCAAGCUCAAGAUAAUUUUAUGCUUAUGGAAGAUGCUGUACUAAGUUUAAAUUUUUCUCGUGAUAGUGAAAUGCUAGUGUCUGGCUCUCAAGGUGGAAAAGUGACUGUUUGGAAAAUAAUGACAGGACAAGUGAUGCGAAAAUUUGAAAAAGCACAUGUACUAGGCAUUACUUGUGUACAAUUUUCUCGAGAUAAUACUCAAAUUUUAACUGGUUCAUUUGAUAUGACUAUAAGAAUUCAUGGCUUGAAAUCUGGCAAAACACUUAAAGAAUUUAGAGGACACACUUCAUUUGUUAAUGAAGUCGUAUAUACUGUUGAUGGACAUAGUGUAAUCAGUGCGUCUAGCGAUAGCACUGUAAAAGUAUGGAGCGUGAAAACCACAGAAUGUACACAUACCUUUAAAUCCAUGGGAGCAGCUGAUGUAGCUGUUAACAAUGUACAUCUUUUCCCUAAAAAUCAAGAUCAUUUUGUUGUUUGUAACCGUUCUAACACCAUUGUAAUAAUGAAUAUGCAAGGCCAAAUUGUCAGAUCAUUUACAAGUGGUAAACGUGAAGGUUGCAAUUUUGUAUGUUCUACCGUGUCACCUAGGGGAGAUUGGAUAUAUGCUGUUGCUGAAGAUUAUAAUUUGUACUGUUUUUCUUUAAACAGUGGAAAAUUGGAAAAAACUUUACAAAUACACGAAAAAGAUGUUAUAGGACUAACACAUCACCCUCAUCAAAAUUUGUUAUGUACUUACUGCGAGGAUGGUAUGGUACGGUUAUGGAAACCUUAAAUCGUUUAUGUUUACUAUCAAAAUAGUAUAGAUUCAAACAAAAAUUGAACUCAUUUAAUGAUUUUUAACAAUAAUUAUUUAAUAAGUAUAAAAUAUAGAUAAUGUGUUUUUGAGUAUCAUAAUGUAAUUAAAUAAAAAUUAAUUUUAUUUUUA